GCAGAAGAGUCUUGUGAGCAACAGGACUUCUAUUCCAGCUUCAGCUUCUUUCCCCACAAGGUUUCCUGUUACACUUCAGCCAUGGGAUUUGGCUCCCUCACUGCCGUCUGCAGCAUCACACGUGUCUCCAUCCCUUGGGUGAGAAUAACAGUUCUGCUGCAUCUCUCUUUGUCAUUCAACGUUGAUGUGAAAGAUACAAUGACUUUUAGUGGUCCUGUGGAAGAUAUGUUUGGAUACAGUGUGCAGCAAUUUGAAAAUGAAGAGGGAAAAUGGGUUCUUAUUGGUUCCCCUUUGUCUGGUCAGCCCCAAAAGAAGACAGGUGAUGUCUAUAAAUGCCCUGUAGGACAGGGUAAUGGUUUGCCAUGUGUAAAAUUAAAUCUGCCAGCUGACACUUCAAUUCCUCAAGUAACAGAAGUAAAGGAGAAUAUGAUUCUUGGGUCAACCUUAGUGACGAAUCCCAAAGGAGGGUUUUUGGCAUGUGGACCUCUUUAUGCUUAUAAAUGUGGACAUUCUUAUUACACAACAGGCAUUUGUUCCAAUGUUAGCUCCAAUUUUGAGGUUGUAAAUUCCAUUGCUCCACUGCGAGAAUGCAAGUCCCAGCUGGAUAUUGUCUUCGUUCUUGAUGGAUCUAACAGUAUUUUUGAAUGGAAAGAUGUCACCAAUUUUUUGAAACGAAUACUGCAAAAUAUGAGUAUAGGCCCCCACGAUACACAGGUUGGGAUCGUUCAAUAUGGAGAAAAUGUAACCCAUGAAUUUUAUCUCAAUGCAUAUUCAACCACAGAAGAAGUGCUUGUAGCAGCAAGCAAAAUUCAACAGAGAAAAGGAUUUGAGACCAUGACAGCUCUUGGCAUUGAAACAGCAAGGAAUGAAGCAUUUACAGAAGCUCAUGGGGCCCGCCCAGGAGUACAAAAAGUCAUGGUAGUUGUGACUGAUGGAGAAUCUCAUGACAAUUACAGAUUACAAAAAGUGAUUGAGGAUUGUGAAGAAGACAAUAUACAGAGAUUUUCUAUUGCUAUUCUUGGCUCCUAUAACAGAGGGAAGCGAAACCCUGAGAAAUUGAUCGAGGAAAUCAAAUCCAUUGCAAGCAAGCCAACUGAAAAGCAUUUCUUUAAUGUUUCAAAUGAAGUAGCUCUCCUUACAAUUGUUGAAGCUCUUGGAGAAAGAAUAUUUGCCUUGGAAGCUACCAAUGAUCAACAGGCAGCUUCUUUUGAAAUGGAAAUGUCUCAAGUUGGCUUCAGUGCCCAUUAUUCUCAGGAUUGGAUCAUGCUUGGAGCAGUUGGGGCAUAUGACUGGAAUGGGACUGUUGUCAUGCUAAAGGACAGCAAUUUUGUAAUACCAACAAGUAAUGCAUUUGAUGAUAGCUUUUCAGAAAAAAAUGAAAGUCUUGCAGCAUACUUAGGUUAUACAGUCAAUUCAGCUUCUGCACCUGGAGAUCUGCUAUACAUUGCAGGGCAACCUCGUUAUAAUCACACCGGUCAAGUUAUCAUAUAUAAAAUGAAGGAUACUGAAGUAGAAAUACUCCAGAAAUUAAGUGGUGAACAGAUUGGAUCGUAUUAUGGAAGUGUUAUUACAACAAUUGAUAUUGACAAGGAUACGUAUACAGAUCUUCUUUUGGUGGGAGCACCGAUGUACAUGGGGACCGAGAAAGAAGAACAAGGCAAGGUGUACAUUUAUUCUUUAAACAAGAAAACCUUUGAAUAUCAGAUGACACUUGAGCCUGUAAAACAGACCUGCUGUUUGGUACACAAAGAGAAAGAUUGCACAAACCACAACAAAAAUGAACCAUGCGGAGCUCGUUUUGGAACAUCAAUUGCUGCCGUAAAGGAUCUCAAUCUUGAUGGUUUUAAUGAUAUAGUCAUAGGUGCUCCUCUAGAAGAUGAUCAUCGAGGGGCUGUGUAUGUUUAUCAUGGAAAUGAGAAGAGUAUAAAGAAAGAAUAUGCCCAGCGUAUUGCUUCUGGUGGAGAUGGGGAAAAGAUGAAAUUUUUUGGACAGUCAAUCCAUGGUGAAAUGGACUUAAAUGGAGAUGGACUUACAGAUGUGACUAUUGGAGGCUUAGGAGGAGCAGCUCUUUUCUGGUCUCGAGAUGUUGCCCAAGUAAAUGCUUCCAUGAAAUUCAUGCCCAACAAAAUUGAUAUUCAAAAACUAAGCAGUGACAUGCAAAAACAAAAGUUGUAUAUUAACUCCACAAUUUGUUUUGAAAUCAGAUUAAAGUCAAAAGACAUCACAAUUAAUGAAACAAAUAUACAGUACUGGUUUACACUUGAUUCACAAAGAAAGGUGUCUCGAAUACUUUUUGCAGAAACAAAUGAACGGAAGAUUCAAAGAAACAUCACAGUUAGAGGUUCAGAAUGCAUUAAGCACAACUUCUACAUGUUGGGCAAGCCUGACUUUCGUGAUCCUAUAAAGGUUUUGCUGGAGUUUAAUUUUUCUGACCCCGAGAGUGGACCAAUCCUUGACAGUGAGCUGCCCAAUUCAGUAGCUGAAUAUAUCCAUUUCACAAAAGAUUGUGGAAACAAGAACAAAUGUAUCACUGAUCUACAGCUGACUGCUAACGCAACCAUAGGGGGAAACAGUUUAUCUCAAUUCAUCAUCAAAUUGAAUAAUUUGAAGUUCUGGGUCCAAAUGUUGGUCAGAAAUAAAAAAGAUAGUGCGUACAAUACAAGAGUCUAUGUGCAACAUUCUCCAAAUAUUAUUUUUUCUGGAAUUGAGAGAAUACCAAAAGAUAGCUGUGAUACUGGGCAGAACAUCACUUGUAAAGUAGGCUAUCCCUUCCUGUCUCCCAAGGAGGAGAUUUUCUUCGAAAUAGCAUUCCAGUUCAAUGUGUCCCAACUCCUGGGAAAUGCAACAAUUCACUUUUCUGUUACAAGUGAUAGUGAUGAACUUGAUGAGACUCUUGGAGACAACAGAGGAACUAUUUCAAUUCCAGUAAAAUAUGAAAGUGGAUUAAUAUUUAAAAGAGAAUCUAGUCCACAUCACAUCAUCAUCGCUGCAAAUGAUACAAUACCUGCAGUCAUUAAUUCCACUGACAAUAUUGGAGAAGAAAUUAAUAUAAACUACUUGAUUGAUAAGGGACAACAUUUCUUACAGCCACAGCUUGCACUGCAAAUCUCAUUUCCAAAGAAUGUUUCAGAUGAAAAUCAAAUCCUUUACUUUACCAGGAUAUCAUAUUCAGAGAAUGCAAAAUGCCAAUCCAGCCAUCCAAGUGAUUUGUUAAAGAUUGAUAUGGGCAAUCCAUUCAAAACAUCAAGAAUACAAGAACCUCUAAAGGAUCCCAACAUAAAUUGUGACAGAUAUGAUUGUGCAUCCAUUAAUUGCACUAUAGCCCCAUCAAAUAUAACUCAUGUGAAUAUUUCAUUCAGACUCUGGAAGCCUACUUUCAUAAAGGCAAAAAUUCACAGCGUGGAACUCAUUGUGAAAGCAAAUCUAAGGAGUGAAAACUCAUUAAUGAUCUUGAAGAAAGAAAAUGAAAAAAUAGAGACAAUAAUUCAAAUCUCAAAGGAGCUUCUUCCUGGCCAUGUGCCAUUAUGGGUUAUUUUGCUGAGUGUUUUUGCUGGGCUCCUGAUUCUUACCUUGCUUAUAUUUGCAUUAUGGAAGGCUGGAUUUUUCAACAGGCCCUUAAGAAAGAAAAUGGAGAAAUGAGAAGAAACUCCAGAAAAAGAAAAACUCUUUAACAGUUCUGCAAUGAUCUGUCCUCAGGUGGACUUCUGAGAUAUUAUAAAUCAAAUCCUUGGUUUAAUGUAGGAAAGGUCACAGAAGUUUUAUUUCAAACAAUACCAUAUGCUGAGCAAUAAAAGAAACAAAAAGAAAAACCAACAAAUCAAAGAUAGGAAAAAAAAUCCUGGAAGGAAAGUUGAUUUUUUCCUUUUUUAUAGAUGAGCAGGACUGAAAAAUUGUGCAACUUUUUUUGAACUUGGAACUUUUUUUUCGGAUAACUUUUUCUUCAUGGAUAUACAAACAACUUUGAAGCCAAGGUGUAUUCAAAACUAGGGAGAGAGCAGAGAGACCAUGAGCUUCAGUGGCGCAGUGGUUAGAGUAUAGUACUGCAGGCUACUUCUGCUGAUUGUCGAUUGCUUGCAAUUUGGCAGUUCAAAUCUCACCAGGCUCAAGGUUGACUC